AUGAACGAAUUUUCGAUAUUUGAAAAGGUUUCGUCGAGCGGUUAUUCGAUCGUCGUAAAAGCCGAAGCCCGUUUUCGUCCAGCUACGUUUGCCUUAAAAGUUAUUCCAUCCCCUGGACCGCGAGGCAACAAACCAACCCCCUCUAUCAGGCGCGAAGUCGAAAUUUUGAGGACUCUUGACCACCCUUGCAUUGUCAGAUUUUUCGGAUGUAGAUUCUACUCGAAGACCGCUUGUAUAAUGAUGGAGCUAGCUUCAACGAAUCUUGCACAAUUGAUUCGACAAUCGCGCAUGCCAGAGGGUCUCGCAAAACAAUAUAUACUCCAAAUAGCCGAUGGACUUGACUAUAUACACGCCAAGGGAAUCAUACAUAGAGAUCUCACGCUCAACAAUGUCCUUGUUACUUACGAUGGUAUAAUCAAAAUAUCAGACUUUGCUUCAGCCUUGGAUCCCCAUUUGAAUAUAGGCCAUGAGGAUGUUUGGGCCUAUGAAGAUUGCGAUAGCCGAGAAACUAAAGGUCCGGAAGUUGUUCUCCGGAAUGAACAAUCAAGAGCUGGCGAUUAUUGGUCUUUAGGUGUGAUCUUAUACCAAUUAGUAACGGGCAGGGAUCCUUUCAAGUCCGGUAUGUACUACGACCAAAGAAAGACCUCUGAAAAUAUUGUUUACUCUCCAUUGGAAAUUCCUCCUUAUAUAUCUCCUCAGUGCUGUGAAGUGCUUCACAGAUUGUUGGCCAAAGCUCCCAAUUCUAGGAUAUGUUCAUUCCAAGAGUUGAGCUCAUGUGCUUUCUUCAAUAAUGUAGCAUUGAGCUAUUGA